AUGGAAAAUUUGGCAAGUAUCAGUAACAAAAAUCCUCAAGACAAUCAAGCUUCGUUGCCAAAGCCCAAGAAAAGAAGGGUAAUACCUAAACUGCAAUUUGAGGAAUCUCAUCAUCAGCCAGAUGAAAAUUCGAUUGCAGAAUAAAUAUAAUAAGAUUAGCAUGAUAUAGUUGAGACUAAUUCAUAAGUAUCUGCUUCAACUUCAAGUAAUAUCAGUAGUCUUAAGACAGGAAAUGGCAAAAUAAAAAUUAUAAAAGGUAUUAAGAGGCCAAACUUAUUAGGAACACAGCAGUCAAUGAGUUCAGUUGGAACCAUCCCAAUUUCAUCAAACUAAAUUAAUAUUGAACAAGAGAUGUCAAAAAUUGCUCCAAUUGUUUCAGAUAAAUUUUAUGUAUCUAAUGAUUUUCAAGAAAUAGACGAAUCUCCCUAGAUUAUUCAGUCAUCAAUAAACCAACAUUCAUUUAUGCAAAUUAAGAAAUCCGCUACAAUGGAUCCAAAUAAUAAUUAAGAUUAAGCUAAAUUGGCCACUAAUGUUGAUCAAAUUAACAUCCAGAUGACAGUGAUGCAUAUUGAUAAUAUGAAGCCUAAUAAAGACGGUACAAUUUAAAAACUGUCUGUAGAGGAAGAGAGCAAAAAUUAAUAGCAGAUUGAGGAGGAAAUGAAAGAAGCUGAAGAAGAAAUUAAACGAUAAAUUGAAUCUGGAGGGAGUGCAGAAAAACCUGUAAUUAAAGGUAAUAAAUAACUAAGCGUAGAAGUUAAGUUAUGUGAUUUAAUAAGAUAUGGAGGAUUAGGAUAAGGAGCAAGUGGGUGCGUAGAAAAAGCUGUACAUAAACCAACAAAGAAAAUUAUUGCUCUGAAAGUUAUACCUCUUCAGAGCAAUGAAAAGGUCAAAAAGUAAAUUCUUCUUGAGCUGAAAACUCUGCAUGAAUGUGAUAAUGACUACAUAGUAAGAUCCUAUGGAUCAUUUUUAAAAGAUGGAUACGUACAUAUGGCAUUAGAAUAUAUGGAUGCAGGUACUCUUUCAGAUGUUGUUAAAGAAGUUGGGCCUAUCCCUGAAAUGAUUCUUGGAAUGAUCACAAUUUAGAUACUUAGAGGACUUGAAUAUCUUCAUAAAACUAUGAAAGUUACGCAUAGAGAUAUUAAACCAUCAAAUAUACUUUUAAACAAAAGAGGAUAGGUUAAAAUUGCAGAUUUCGGUGUUAGUGGCUAAAUGAAUAACACUUUGGAUUGCAUGGUUACGUGGGUUGGAACUGUACAAUUUAUGUCACCAGAGAGACUUAAAGGAGAGCCAUAUUUCUCAGAUACAGAUAUUUGGUCAUUAGGAUUGACAUUAGUUGAAUGUGCUUUGGGUAGGUAUCCUUAUCCUUAUGAGGGUGACGAGAGUAAAGAGUUAGGUUUUUGGGAUAUUGUUAGCUAUGUAUCUGAGAAAGAUCCUCCUAAAUUGCCAAGCACUUUCUCCGAUGAUUUUAAAAACUUCAUUGCAAUAUGUUUAAGAAAAGAAGGUGGUACUAGAUCAUCAGCUUCUGAGUUACUGAGACAUCCUUUUGCAACUAAAUACGACAAAGUAGACUAGAAACAUCUAAAGAGAUGGAUAAGAACAAUCAAUUGA